AUGGAUAGAGCCACAGACGACAUAUUUCCGCCACAGAAGCGGCCUCGGACUGGUGGGUUACAAGGGGACGCGACACGCACUGGGCCCUUUCCCCAGAGCUCCUCAUUCUACAGCGGCACCGGGGACCAAUUCAACACUCCUGACGGCACACAGAAUAUCAGUAAAGGCAACGGCCCCCAAUUCCCCGGUGCCAAAUUCGUAGGGCCUGUGUAUUUUGGCACACGAGAUCCCGUGCAUCCGUUACAAGAUUGUUUAAAAUCGCUGGCUUUCCUAGAAAUGGACAGUCGGUUCCACGAUAUCGAUACCGCCGCUCAGGGAACAUGCCAGUGGCUACUUCAACAUAAAAUGUACACAAGCUGGGCUUCUUGCGAUCGAGGUCUGCUCUGGAUCAAGGGGAAACCCGGCUCUGGGAAGUCGACGUUGCUAGGUCACGUUCUGCGCAAUCUCGUAGCAGCGGAGGGUGACUUGAUCCUUUCGUUUUUCUUCCACGGCCGCGGUGCUGGCCUCCAAAGGACGUCGUUGGGCCUCUUCCAGUCGCUCCUCCACCAGCUCCUCUGCCAGGUCCCCGACACACUGCAAGACCUCGUGGCCACUUUCCAACAACGGUGCGAAACUGUUGGCAAGCCGGGUGCUCAGUGGCAGUGGCAUCCGCACGAGCUGCAGCGCUUCUUCGAGUCAUCGAUUCCGAAGGUCUUGAAGACUCGUACAGUCUGGUUAUUCCUCGAUGCAUUGGACGAAUCUGGCGAGGAAAGUGCGGUCAAGUUAGUCGACGGGUUCCAGUCCUUGAUACAGACGCUCCCGACCAUCGGCUUGAAACAUUUCCACGUCUGCUUCACGUGUCGUCACUACCCGAUUCUGGAAGUGGAUUGUGCGUUCGAAAUAUGCGCAGAGAACGAAAACAGGAAAGAUAUAUCGACGUUCGUUCACUACAAGCUCUCUUCGUUCUCGUCGACAAUUCCGGACUUGAUAACAUCACGCGCUCAGGGUAUUUUCCUGUGGGCUUGGCUUGUAGUGAAGCAAGUACUGAACCUUAACCGAAGGGGUAUCAAGUUGGACAGAAUAGAGGCUGAAGUCCAUUUGGUCCCUCAAGAGCUCGGCGACUUAUUCUGCGAACUCAUCCGAAACAUGGGCCCGGACUCUCUGAAACUCAUCGAAUGGAUCUUGUUUGCCAUGAAGCCCCUGUCACUAGAUGAAUUGCUAUGGGCUAUGAUCGUCGAGACCGAUUGCCAACACAAGUCAUUGCACCAAUGCCUGAGCGCAAUGGAUUACUCAUCCAACAAGGCCGGGAUGAAGAGGCGACUUCAGACGCUGAGCUGCGGCCUUGCGGAAGUCGAUUCGGAUGGGGAGAUUGUCCAGUUCAUCCACCAGUCCGUCAAGGACUUUUUCAUCAAGAAGGGCCUAUCAGCUCUGAACGGGAGCCUGAGCACCGCCAAACCCGACUUUGUUGUUGGAAUGGCACACUAUCGGCUUUCUAGGAUCUGCAUACGCUACUUGGCGAUGGAGGAGAUCGGUCUGUUAGCAAGUCGCGACUCUUCCCGGUGGAGUUCCAGGUUUCCUUUCCUGCAAUAUGCCAUGACCUCGUGGGUGGCGCACACGAAGCAGAGUGAUGCUAGAAGUGUCCCCCAAGACGAUCUUCUGGAAUAUUUCACCUGGCCAUCAAACAUUUUUGUGGAGCGAUGGGUGCGUAUUUAUGGGAUGCUAGAGAAAUAUUCAAAGGACUGUCCGCUAGAAGGGACUAGUCUGGUACAUAUUAUGUCGAGGUAUGGAGUGGUAGGGGCGUUGGGGACCAUUUUAGAAAGGGCGGACCAAAUUGGCACGAGUAUCGACAGCAAAGAUUCAUCUGGCCGGACGCCGCUGUUAUGGGCCGCCGCGGAGGGACAUGAGGCCGUUAUGCGGCUGCUUCUUGACCGGGGCGCCGAUAUUAAGGCUGCGGAUUCAUAUAGCUGGACGCCGCUGUUAUGGGCUGCUGCGGAGGGGCAUGAGGCCGUUAUACGGCUGCUU